AGGGGAGGGGCGAGAGAGCGCGUCCGACUGGGCAGUCCAGCUGCUCGGAGUAGCCGCUGCCUUGGAACCCGCCAGCGCUCCGAGCCUCGCCCGCGCUUCUCGCCGACCCCUCGGGCCCCCGCAGCCCGGGAAGAACGCCACUCCGGGCCGGGCGCCAGCUCCGCAAGGCGGACCUGCAACCCGGAAAGGCGGCGCGGCGGAGCCCGGAGCCGGAUCCUGCUCGGACCUGGCCCCCGUGGGCCGGCACCGCGGGCAUGUCGGAGGCGCGCAAGGGGCCGGACGAGACGGAUGAGAGCCAGUACGACUCGGGCAUCGAGUCUCUGCGUUCUCUGCGCUCCCUGCCCGAGCCCACCCCGGCCCCGGCCUCCGGACCUUCGGACAGUGGCGGCCCCCAGCCUUGGACCCAUCCUCUGGGAACAGCCAAGGAGCCACAGGAGAAGGAAGAUACAGAUGGGGAGCGAGCUGACUCCACCUAUGGCUCCUCGUCGCUCACUGAGUCCCUGCCCUUGUUGGGAGGCACGGAGACCGAGGACCCAGCCCCACGCUCUCCGCUCCCCGCAGCGGGAGCGCUGAGCCCUCAGCAGCUGGAAGCACUCACUUACAUCUCGGAGGAUGGAGACACGCUGGUCCACUUGGCGGUGAUUCACGAGGCCCCAGCCGUGCUGCUCUGUUGCCUGGCUUUGCUGCCCCAGGAGGUCCUGGACAUUCAGAACAACCUUUACCAGACAGCACUCCAUCUGGCUGUACAUCUGGACCAGCCGGGUGCAGUUCGGGCCCUGGUGCUGAAGGGGGCCAGUCGGGUGCUACAGGAUAGACACGGUGACACGGCCCUGCAUGUGGCCUGCCAGCGCCAGCACUUGGCCUGUGCCCGCUGCCUGCUGGAGGGGCGGCCAGAGCCGGGCCGAGGACCACCUCACUCCCUGGACCUCCAGCUGCAAAACUGGCAAGGUCUGGCCUGUCUCCACAUCGCCACCCUGCAGAGGAACCGGCCACUCAUGGAACUGCUGCUGCAGAACGGAGCUGACAUUGACACACAGGAGGGCACCAGUGGGAAAACAGCCCUGCACCUGGCUGUGGAGACCCAGGAGCGGGGUCUGGUGCAGUUCCUGCUCCAGGCUGGCGCACGGGUAGACGCCCGCAUGCUCAACGGGUGCACACCCCUGCACCUUGCGGCAGGUCGGGGCCUCAGCAGCAUCUCAUCCACUCUGUGCGAGGCAGGUGCCGACUCCCUGCUGCGGAACGUGGAAGACGAGACUCCCCAGGACCUGGCUGAGGAUCCCUUGGCUCUUUUGCCCUUUGAUGACCUGAAGAUCUCUGGGAAGCCACUGCUGUGUGCCGACUGAAGCCAGGGCAGAGUCUGGGGCCCCGGAGACUCCACCUCUUCACAUCCGGAAGCCGGAGCUACAGCUGCUGAAGUCUGGGCCCUGACAAUGUGCCCUUCUGGUGUCCUGGGGACUGCUGAGGCCACAGCCUGGGGCCAGUACAGUCCUGAGCGGAGAGGAGGGAUCACAAGUGAGAGAAGGCAAGUCUGGAAGGAAGACUUUCCCAGGUGGAUGGAGAUUCUUGAAGACUCCCAAAGCCCCAGGUAUCCUGGGCAAAGCCUGUUUGCCUCCAGAAGAUGCCAGGGGCUCUUGUUUCUACCCACGUUGGGUCAGCCUGAAACUGCCAAUCAGUAGGAAGACAUGGACUCUCCUGAGUGAGGAGAGAAACUGAAAUCAGCAAGCAGGACCCUGAGGGGUUCCAUCUCACUGCUGUUGAGGACUCUUAAAAACACUGUUGUGUAAAGACUUCACACAGAAGGCCCUGAACUGACCCUCUGGGGAAGGGGAAGUUUCCAUAACAUGACACUAAAACAGCAGAGACCUUUAUAAAGAUCCCCCCCCCCCCACAGUUGUUUUGCGCACUUGCAUGUCUGCGUGCAUUGGGGAUUUUUAGAUAGGCCUGCCUUGUGACCUUAUGGUAGAGACAGAGAGAAGGAAAUUGCCACUUGAACGGGGUAGGACUCUGCUAGGUAGGGAGUGCGUGUUGGGGGGGAGGGGGUACCAUUCUCAGGCCUCUCUGUCCAGCACAAACCCUUGCCCUGAAUGAGAAGACCCCCCCCCCCCCCGGGUGGGAGGCAUCACCACUGCCCUGGAGGUGGCCAUCUGGAGGACCCUGGAGAGAAAGGCCAGCCUGUAGAGGGUGGCUUUGUGUGUUUUCCCUUUCACUCCACACACGUUUGAAGUCCCUGUGAGGUGAAUAUGGCCAAUAUGGAUACAGGGGGAUAAACCAACGACACAAUCUCUGGCCACUUGGAUCUUACGGUCUAGUGAGUGAGACAGCCAUUAAGAUCACAAACGCCCAAAUAAAUAUGUAAUUACAA